AUGUGUUCCUCGGACUUCUUUCUCGGUCUUCUGGCCAUCUUGUUCCCACCUCUACCUGUAUGGGUUAAACGGGGCAUCUGUUCCGCAGACAGUAUUAUCAAUAUCACUCUUUGUAUCUUUGGAUUUAUUCCUGGCCUCAUCCACGCGUGGUACAUCAUCAUGAAAUAUCCCGAGCAGUAUGACUCCUUUGCAGUCGCACAAGAAGGGCACUUCACACACGGUAGUCACUACUACCCAGCACAGGGUCAACACCACCCAUCAUACAUACAGCAGCAGCCACACCACUAUUCUCAGCCACAGUACAAUACCUUCCAACAUGCGCAGCCAAAUCGCACUGGUGGGGCUCUAGUGAAUACUGGAGUUAGACAGCCCCAGAAAUACACACAACAUGAGCAACAGACUCCCCCGGAGACCCCAGCAUUUGGACCGAGUGAAGGGAGCAGUGGCAUGCAGCAUGGCGAGCCACCAAGCUAUGCCAGUGUUGUGAAGGGAGACCACAAGGUUCAAACGUUAGACUAA